AAGAUCAUCGGUGUGUUCAAGCCUAAGAACGAGGAGCCUUACGGUCAGCUGAACCCAAAGUGGACCAAGUGGCUCCAGAAGCUGUGUUGUCCCUGCUGUUUUGGACGGGACUGUCUGGUCCUGAACCAGGGUUAUCUGUCUGAGGCCGGGGCCAGUCUGGUGGACCAGAAACUAGAGCUUAACAUAGUACCCAGGACCAAGGUGGUGUACCUGGCCAGUGAGACGUUUAACUAUAACGCUAUAGACCGGGUCAAGUCCAGGGGUAAGAGGCUGGCUCUGGAGAAGGUACCCAAAGUGGGACAACACUUCCACAGGAUCGGCCUGCCUCCCAAGUUGGGUUCGUUCCAGAUCUUCGUUGAGGGCUUUAAGGAUGCAGACUUCUGGCUGCGGAGGUUUGAGGCAGACCCCUUGCCAGAGAACACCAACAGACAGAUGCAACUACAGUUUGAGAGGCUGGUGGUCCUCGAUUACAUCAUCAGGAACACAGAUCGAGGAAACGAUAACUGGCUUCUAAAAUAUGACUGUCCCAUGGACCAGGGAAGCAGGGACACAGACUGGGUAGUAGUGAAGGAUCCUAUCAUCCAACUAGCUGCUAUAGACAACGGACUGGCCUUCCCUCUCAAACACCCCGACUCCUGGAGAGCCUACCCGUUCUACUGGGCGUGGCUGUCCCAAGCCAAGGUUCCGUUCUCCCAGGAGAUAAGAGAGCUGGUUCUGCCCAAACUGGCCGAUCCCAACUUUAUCAAAGAUCUGGAGGAAGACCUGUACGAACUGUUUAAGAAAGACCCAGGCUUCGACAGAGGGCAGUUCCACAGGCAGAUAGCUGUUAUGAGAGGACAGAUCCUGAACCUCAGCCAGGCUCUGAAGGACAGUAAGACCCCCCUCCAGCUUGUCCAGAUGCCUCCAGUUAUAGUAGAAACAGCCAGAGCACCACAGAGGGCCAACAGUGAGUCUUACACACAGAGCUUCCAGAGCAGGAGACCCUUCUUCACCCGGUGGUAGAGGAGGAGGAGGAGGAGUGAGCAAGUGUGUACAUCAAAUGUAUGUGUGUAAAGGGCAAACGAGUGAGGAGUCUCUCCGCCCCCUGCCCUCUCCUACCCCCGACGGACACAGACGGUAUUGAGAAUGACUGAGGAAGAUGAGGACUGAGGAAGAUGAGGACUGAGGACAAAGGAAGAGAACGCAUAUCCCUCCGUCAGUUUGUCUCUGUGCCUUGUUUGGAUGUCAAAGAUUAUAUAUCUUCCUAUAAGGAAUGGAGUCUAUAUGAUGGGCUUAGUAAACUCCCUUUCUAUGGAGUUGCACACAGUCUAUGUCCCAAAAGGAACCCUAUUCCCUAGUGCACUACUUUUGACCAGGGCCCAUAGGGUUCCAUUUGGGAAACAGACACUUAACUCAGCCACUGCAGUUUUAAAGCCCCUCUCUCUUUCACCCCCCGUUUGGGUGAGAGGUGGUGUUGCAUUCCUUAUGACGGCCACUCUGUGGACAGCAGCAGCCAUGCGGACUCAUUGCUCUCACGGCUCUCUACUGCCCCCUUUGUCUUCGGAUGAGGAACUGCAAGGUACUGCAGCGCGUUGAAGUUUUAGGGGGCCACAUUUGGAGAAACUACUACUUUCCCCCCUUUCUGAAAAUAACAGGGGAAAAGUAGAACAGAUUUUUCUCUCUGCCAUUCUGUAGUCAAAUACAUUUAAGAUGUCGCCCAUCGCUUCUGUUUACUUUGAUUUCUGGUAUUUUUUCUGACUUGUGGGAGAAAGAUGGACACGUUUUUUUGAAAACACACUAUCAGGACUUCCUGCUGUUGCCACAGAUUCUAACUGACCUGAAAUGUAUUGUGACAAUGCACUGUAUAAUUUGUAUGUAAUAUAUUUAAUGAAAGAUUAUAACAAAACUGUAUUACAUUAA